AUUAUGGAAUCAAAAACUUUAAACUGAUUGAUUGAAGAAAGAAAUGACUCAUUUGAUUUAAUUAUAAACAAAGGUGGAAUUUGCUUUCAUUAUUACGCAUGUGAAACUUUCUUUUAUGAUCACAGUGUUUAUCUUCUGGAAAAUUGAAAAACACAAAGCAAGAUUUAAGUCUAAUGUAUGAGUGAACGUAAAUGUUUGUUUUGACAAAGUUGAAGGCCUUGACAGCCAGCUGAUUUCAACAUGUGAGAAUAAUGUUAUGAUUUCCCACUUCUGAAAACACUGAUGAAAUGAAUGUCUUUUGUGUUAUAUAAGCAGACAUGAGUAAAGUGGAUGUUAAAAUCUGUCUCCUGGGAAAAGAAUACUCUGGAAAGACUAGCCUUGUAGAAAGAUUUGUCUAUGAUCAGUUUAUUGGAGAAAAUUCAUACCAAAAUACUAUUGGAGCUGCAUUUGGUGCCAAGAAGAUAGAAAUUCAUGGUGAAAUUCUUACUUUAGGAUUAUGGGACACUGCAGGAAGUGAGCGUUAUGAAUCUAUUGGACGAAUAUAUUACCGCAAAUCACAUGCUGCUAUAGUAUGUUAUGAUGUUACAGAUGCUAAUAGCUUUGAUAGAGCUAAGUUUUGGGUUGCUGAGCUUCAAAAAGCUGAAGAGAAAUGUCGUAUAUAUUUAUGUGGAACAAAAAAAGAUUUAGUUGCAAUUGACCGUAAGCGUCGAACUGUUGAUUAUUACAAUGUUACUGAUUUUGCUGAAACAAUUAAUGCUGAAGUAUUUGAAACAUCAAGUAAAACAGGAGAAGGUGUCUAUGAGCUGUUUUAUAGAGUUGCAGAAAAUUUCUUAAAAGAACGAGUGGUUGAAGAUAAUUCAAAUGGAUUUGGAUUACUGUCCAUCCAAGAAAAUAUACACAAUAAGAAAAAAUGCUGUUUUUAAAGUAUUUUUAGCUGUAAAAAUGACUUUUUUCCAUUCAUUCUUAAUGUGUUAGUAACAAAUAGCUUGGUCUUAUAACCAAAAAAUGCUAUGUUCAUCAAAAAGCUCAAUUCAUUCCUCUUAAAACAUCAUGUACUGUUUUUGAAAAGUAUCAUAUCAUCUAAUGUGUUCAUUAUACCUCAAGUAUAUCAUAGUGUAUUUUCAAUUUUUGUGCUUUUAUGUAAUUCAUUCUCUUUUCUUGAACAUGUACUUGCCUGAUUGCAGGCGUAUCUUUUCAUCUCAAGCAUAAGUUUCAGUAUUCAGAGGUUUUAACUAAAACUUGCAAGAUUUUCUUCAUAAAUUUCACUUAGUGCCUUAAAACCAUAAGUACAUAGUUUAAAUACUUAGUGAGUAGUGCCUUAAAACCAUAAAUUCAUUAUUUAAAUACUUAGUGAGAGUCUCUAUAACAGAUACCUUCCAGGACGGCAGCAGACUAUUUUUCAUCUAAGUUUUCUUUUUACUUUGAAAAAGCAAACAAAACACUCUGGGGGAAUCGCUGAGACUACUUUUUAAAACAUCUCUAAACUUAUUUCAAAUAAAAUUAAAAAGCUGGCUUAUGAAUGCACUGCUAAGAACAUGAACAAAAAGUCAAGAUUAUUUUUCUGUUACUUGAUUACAGACAUGACUGUAUAUGGAUUUUUUGUUAUCAUUGGAUAUAUUUUAGUAUAAUUAUAUGAAAUUCAACAUACAUUUGAACAACAUAAAUUUUUUAUAUAUUUGGACCUUAUAUUUACAAAAUUUGCUACAUGGAUGUUGAAUGAUGCUGAAUUUUUAUGAUAAUAAUUUCAUCUGACUAUAUUAAGGCUGUAGGCAAAUUUGAAUUUGUGAAGAUAGUGCAGCAAAUUCAUUCGGUAAAUUCUGCUACCAGGGUGAGAAUUUCUUUAAAGAUGUGUAGAAGGUGCUAUAUUUUUAUAAAUGUAAAUAAAGGUGUUUAUAACAUAGUAUUUAAAAUUAUAUGAACGAUGGCAUAGUAUUUAAAAUAAGUCAGAAGCAUAGUUUUUUUAAUUCUAAAGGUAGUUGGAUUAUUGCCUACGAACAAAAUAUGUUAGAACUAUGCAUGUGUAAGUUUUAGUUUUUAAAAACAAAAGGUAAAACAAAGAAGAAGAAAAAAAAAUUUUUUUGCAAAAAAUUUGUUACUUCUACUUGCUGUAAUGCAACCAUCUUCCAAGUAAACUAUAUAAACAUUAAUAUUUUACCUUUAUAACAUUCAAGGGGUUCAUAAUGUUAUCCUGACAAUUUUAAGCAUUUGGCUUGCUAAAAACACAGUUUAAAAACUACGUUUUUAGAUCUUAAUUGAGCUUUGUGUAUGCGCAAAAAAAAUACUAAUUUUGACGAAAAUAAAUUACAUUAUUAGUACCGUUUUUGUUUUUUAAAUUUUCUACAUAUUUUUUAUAAUACAUUUUAUUAUUUUAUACAUAUAUCUAAGUACUACUAUAAUGAAAAAUUUAAACUGUUUUUCUUUAAUAAGACGUGAUGACAUCUGUUAUUAAAAAUCUGUAUGUUUUUUAUUUUAAUGUUCUUUUGGUUAUAUCUUGUAUGUUUGUAUUUUUUUUUUCAUCAUUUUGAAAUCUUUCAUUUUUGAUAUGUUACUAAUGCAUUUUCAAAAAUGUAGACAGUUAAAUAUUGCUAGAAUCAACUCAUACAAAUAAUCUGAGUGCAAUCUUCUCUAAUGACAGUCAUAGCCAAAGCUCACUAUCAUAUUCCUUAUUUGCAUUGAAUAUGAGUUAGAUAUCUACAAAAUUUCUAAGAGCUGGGAUCUUUUUCUGUUCAUAGCCAGAAUUUUUUUAAUGAAAAUUAGAUUUCUUUUUACUUUUUAUGAAAUUACAUUAAAACUAUAAUUAUUUUCAAUUUAAUAUUAUUUAAAAAUGUAGUGAUAAGAAGUAUGAAGUACAGUCUUAAAAGUGGAGACAAAUAUACUAAAUAAAAUCACUUUUAAUACCUGCAUUAGUAUUCAAAAAUGAGCUUUAGCUCUUAGAUAAACAUUAAACAAAUAUAUAUUUUUACUAAAGCAUUUCGAUUCAAAGGCUGAAAAUGUCUGCUGCUUGAAAAAUCAAUAUUGAUUUUUCAAACGGCAUGACAAUAAGAAUUUUUUGACCCCUGGCCAAAGCAUUUUUUUUUUUCUGUUUAAAAAUUUGAAUUUUUUUUCCUUUCUCAAAAAAAAUUAAGUUUUUUUUUCAGAAAGUCUUAUAUGACUGCUUGUCAUAUAAGACUUUCAUAUAAAAUAAGACAUUCUCUGGCCAUUUCUAACUCAGGAAUUUUUUUUUCUUUUAAUUUGAAUUCAAAAAUGAAGAACUAUGUGAGUAAACUGCAAUAAAUUCAUUGUGUGGAUUGAUGACUUAUCUUUGUUGAUAAAAUAAUGCUUUUAGUUGCAAUAACUAUAUAAUUGGAAUUUUUAUUAAAUAACUAUAAACUUUUUCUUAUAUUUUUUACAGUACUGUGAGGCUUGAAAAUUAUUUAGAUAUAUAUUUCUGCCUGAAUGUAUUUCUUACUUUUAUUUUUUAUAUUGUAAUUGUUUUAACUCCUAGAUAAGUGCUAAAUUUUCUCUCCAUUUAAAAUUAUUGCUAUUUUAAGUUUUAGAUACAUUAAAAUUGUUUCUAUGUUUAUGUAGUUCUGCUCAUUUCAAAGGCAUUUCACAUUUUUAAGUGAACUUACCUUUAGCUAAAUUAUUUAAUAGGUUUUAUUUUAACCAUUGUAUUCAUUUUAAUGCUGUGCUUUUCAUUUGUUUAAAUUCUAGCCCAAAUCUUCAGUUGGAAGGAAAUUUAUCAGGAGUUACAUUUUAGAAAUUUAUUCAGCUUAGAAAUGUAUACUAGUUCAAUACUUACAUCGGUAUUUUCAUUUUAUAAAAGUGGUAGCUUUAUUAACGUAGCUGCAGGAAAUCAAAAUGCUGUUCUAUUUUAGCUGUGAUACUACAGUAGCUUGAUAUCAAAUACAUAUGUAUAUAUAUAUGUAUAUUACUUUUUUUUUACAUAUUGUAUUACUGUGUUAAUCAGAGAGGACAAAAAGCUAAGUGUAUAUUGGUGAAUAUUGUUUUUGAGGUUUUAGUUUUAUAAAUAUUCUAUAAUUUUUAUUUGUGUCUUAUAAAGUUACUGAAGUAGGAUUGCCAAAGAUGAUAGUAAUUGUGAUAUUUCAUGUUCUCUAAAAAAAACCUGUUGUUAAGAAAUUGUUUUGUUCUAAAAAACGAACUAUGUGCCAAUGAUAUUUGAACAAAACUUAACUUUGAUAAAAGCUAUUGAAUGUUUAUAUGUAUUCUAACUUGAAUUGCAUUUGAAAUGGUUAGGCUAUGUUUUAUCCUUUAAUUACCAAAUAAUUAUUCUGUCAAGCUCUGUUCAACUCUAAAUUUGAUUAGUUUCAAAGUUAUUAAUUGAGUAUGUAAAAAAUUAUGCAAGUGUCUUGCUGGUUUAGGCGCACUACCUUGUGAUGUUCUUGUAACUAUUUGGUGAAAAUAUUGCAUGUAAAUUUUCUUUUUCAUAAUAUUUUAUCUGUUACAUAUAUGUAAAGAAAUGUUAUCCCAAAUCUUUUUCCCCACAUUAAUUAUAGUUUUAAACCACUUGUGCAUAUUUAAACUAGGAUCACUACUGGAUCUAAUAGACGCAAUAUUCUAAAUUCAUUAUUGUGGUCUAUAGGAUCUGAUUCUCCCAAAUGCAAAAAUCAAGCAAGCACAAAACUGAUCAAAUAUAUACACAAUGUUAAGUGUAAAUUAUUUGUUAAUUAAUGGUGGGAUAUGUUUCCUGUCCCAGAUGAUUAUAGAAAACCCAGAUACCUCCCUUUGUAAAAUUACUUCUGAAAUUUAUUAUAGUAACUACCGGUGAAUUCUUUCUAAAUUUAAAAUUUUUUGCUAUCAGAAAUCAUUGUUGAGACUGUGUGUAUGGAAAUAAAAAACUUUAUAAGAUAUAUUUUUUAAAAAUUUAUGUAUCAUGUAGUAAUUACUUACAAGUGCCUUUGUCUGUAUUUUUCUUACCUAUGCAAAUAAAAAAAUUAGCUGUGUA